UUGUUCACUUAUAAGGAAUAGGAAGUACAUCACAUGCCAUUGUCCAACUUGAAUUGCAACACUUCAGUUUGUCAGAACUCACUAUGGGUGUGAUAUCAUCUCCUUUUCUGUGAUCGCUUUUCAAGAUCAUAAGGUGAUCAGUAGUGUGUGAGUUCUCACAUGGCUUGUCCUGAGAACAUGCUUUUUCUCAUUGUCCUCUUUAUAUCAGGUGUUUUGGACUGUUUUGGUCAACGAGAUUUGAUCACCACAAUGCCAGAUAGACUGGAUGUACUGACUGGCUCCUGUGUGCAAAUCCCAUGUUCAUUUGAUAUUCCUGACCAACAUAAGGAUACAUUUAACAGCACAAUACUACUCUCUGGAGUGUGGAUUAAAGAAAACUUUGGUCGGCUUCCGGACAAUGUGAUAUUUAACAGCAGUAAGACAGUCAACAGAUAUCAAGGGAAGAUAACUGGAAACAUGUCCCAGAUGAACUGCACCACAGUCUUCUUCAAUGUAACCACCAAUUACACUAAUAUAUACUUCCUCAGGAUUGAGAGUCAACCAUACCAUGCAACAGAUCCUGAUAAGUCUAUUAAUAUAGUGGUCAGGGAUUUGCCUUCCAGUCCCAUCAUUACUGUCUCAGGUGAGGUGAAGGAAGGGACCCCUGUCAGUUUGAACUGCUCUGCUGUCGCUCCUUGUCCUGAACACCCCCCUGAGCUGACAUGGACUCUCCCAACACAGUUCACACCUGAGAACCAACUGCAGGAGAAAUCAGACCAAACCAAAUCAGUUCUCUCCACGGUGACGUUCACUCCGUCAUAUCUUCAUCAUGAGAAGAACAUCACUUGUACUGCAGUCUACCCAGUAGGGACAAGCAACAAGACAGCUGAACAUAACAUGAUGCUUAACGUUUCAUUCUCUCCUAAGGACACCUCGGCCUCCAUCAGUUCAGCUGAUCCAGUAUUUGUGGACAGCUGUGUUAAUCUGACCUGCAGCAGUACAGCCAACCCUCCUGUGACAACCUUCACCUGGUUCAAGAUCAGUGAGUGUAAAACUCAGGUAGCAUCUGGACAGAGUUACUUCCUCAAUGUGACUGUUGGUGAUGGAGGACUGUACUACUGUGAAGCAAGAAAUAGUCACGGCUGUGGGAAGUCAAAUGAAGUGCAGCUGGCUAUAAAAGGGCAAGAAGAGCCUGUUAACCCAAAGGUUUUUGAGAUUGUAGGAAAAACCUUGGGGUUGAUUUUCCUUUUCAGCCUGAUCGUAUUCUUUGAAUGGAGGAGGAGAACAUCUAGACUCCCCAGUGGGUUUGACAUGACAGACCGUUCACAGGGACUGGUGGGAAUGAACUCCCCGGUUGGGACAGUGUGUACUAACCAGGCCACAGCCGGAGAGGAACCAGAGGAACCUGCAGAAGACCAGCCUGAAGAGAUCCAAUACGGUGACAUAGACUUCUCCAAACUACAGACCAAAGAGACCCCAGCUACAGCCCAGGACAGGGUCCAGGGACAGGAGAGUGAGUACGCUGAAGUCAACGUGACUGGGAGUAGGGCCCAGUUACCACCACUUAACAACCUAGAUGAGCUUUAUGCACAAGUGAAUUAA